AUGGGAGAGAUAAAAAGGAUCCAAGAUGUUGCUUCUGAGGCCAGUGCAUGUGAUACCAUUCCGGCUGAAUUUGUCAGGCCGGAAGAUGAGAGACCGGGACUCACCACGUACAAAGGAGACCUCCCUCAAGUCCCGGUCAUUGAUUUUUCGAUCAAAGAUGAAGAGAAGCUUGUGGCUCAAAUCUACGAUGUGAGCUGCAAGUGGGGUUUUUUUCAGAUUGUGAAUCAUGAGAUUCCUGAUGAUGUUGUUAGUAGACUUAAAGAAGUUGGGACAACUUUUUUUGAGUUGCCUCAAGAAGAGAAAGAGCUUUAUGCAAAGCCACCUGGGGCUAAGAGUUUGGAGGGUUAUGGAACCAAGUUACAGAAAGAAGUUAAUGGAAUUAAAGGCUGGGUUGAUCAUUUGUUUCACAUAUUAUCUCCUCCAUCUGCUGUUAAUUAUAAGUUUUGGCCUAAGAAUCCAGCUUCUUACAGGGAGGCUAACGAGGAGUACACAAAGUAUAUGCAUAAGGUGGAGGAGAGGCUGCUAAGGUAUUUGUCGAGAGGGAUAGGACUGGAGGAGAAUGAGCUAAGGACAGCAGUUGGAGGGGAUGAUCUUAUCUACCUCUUAAAGAUCAAUUAUUACCCACCAUGCCCACGUCCUGACCUUGCACUCGGCGUUCCGGCUCACACCGACAUGUCUGUCGUGACAAUACUUGUUCCUAAUGAUGUACAGGGGCUUCAAGUUUUUCAUGAAGGCAAUUGGAUAGAUGCACAGUAUAUCCCCAAUGCUCUUGUCAUUCACAUUGGUGAUCAGCUUGAGAUAUUGAGCAAUGGGAAGUAUAAAGCAGUGCUACACAGAACAACAGUGAACAAGGAGAAAACUAGAUUGUCAUGGCCAGUGUUCAUGGAGCCACCACCGGACAUGGAAGUAGGCCCACAUCCGGAGCUUGUCACCAAUGAAAAUCCGGCAAAGUAUAAAACCAAGAAGUACGGUGAUUAUGUUUAUUGCAAAUUCAACAAGAUUCCCCAAUAACUAAACUUCGCAAUCUACAGUGGCAUAUAUGCAUGCAGCUUGGCAGCUUGCCUCUGCACGUUUAACAUAAUACUAUAUUAUAUAGCUUUAGAGAACAACUUGAGUAAUCUCCUUCCGAAAGGCACAUACGAAAAAGAGGUCUUUUUUUCCUAGCUACUAGAAGUUAAAUUUUUACUUGCUGAAUACCUCAA